UUCUUUCCUGGGACGCUGGGUUGUCCGUGUCUGCUGAGAGGAGCGGUUGGAGGGGUUUGCGCCGCUUUCUGCACACGUCGGCUUUGUCCUGUCUUCAUUCGGUGUCUUUUAUGAUAACCAACGUCACCAAAUGGAUCAUUUAGGACAAACAAAGGACUCACCUUCUUACGAUGCAAAAUUCUGUUGUCCACCAAAAAAUGCUUAUUCUAGGCUGGUAAACCAGCACCAUAGUGGUAGGUUUAGAGCAUACCUAAACAGGUUUUCUCAUCUGGUUAAUUAUAUUGAUAAAAAUGAUGAAAGUGCAAUUAUUCCUGAAGUUGAUUUGAAUCCUUCAGUAGUAAAAGAGGAGCGACAAAAGGAUGUUAAUAAUCAUCAACAAAGUCUGGAAAAUAAAAAAUGCAGUCACUCUGCAUCAGCUGAGGACAUUGGUUGUGAUGCCUUAUUUCCAAACUCAUCUGUUAAUAUUUUGGAAAAUAUUGGAGAUGCUGCCGAAAAUGUAAUGCCUGACUCUCACAAUAAACAGGAGCAUGGAUUGACAAUUCAAAAGCAAAGCAAGCCAAAAGAAACCACCACCGGCCAGGCUGAAAAUACUGAAUUGGGAAGUGAAGUGAUGUUCAAAGAAAUAAGGCCUAAAUCAAUCCAUUCAAAAACACCUAAGGGCAGUCAGAAAGCGCUUGCUAUAUCAGUGACUGCAAAUGAUCAUAAUCAGUGUUCUCAGAUUGCAUUAUCAAUGCCUAAACCAUCUUUAGACAACUGUGCUCAAAGUGUUGAUACAGAGAGAACAGAAAAUGAUGGACAAAUGAUUAACGAAAUGGUAAUGCAAAAUAAUAAGAAAAAGAGAAAUCGAAGAAGAAGCAAAGGUAAAGUGGAUGCAGGCUUGGGUGUAACUCAUUGUUCAGAUGGAGUCUGGCUUGCAGAUGAAGUUGCUGCACUUGACUUGGAAUCUGCUCAUUUGGAGAAAGACAAUAUCGACCAUAUGCAAAUGGGAAACUUAUCUGCACGUUCAAAUGUCAGUGAUAAAUGGAAUAAAAGUCCUUUGUCAGUGGCAAAUCGAAAUAGAAGUCGCCAAGGGAGGAGGAAGAAGAUUUUUGAAACCUACUUGCCAACCAAUGAAGUUUCAACUGGUUUAAAGAGAGGAGAACUUGUACAGGGUGUACUGAGAAUUAAUCCCAAGAACUAUCAGGAAGCCUUUAUUCCCUCCACUGAUGGAGCUCGAGAUAUUUUUAUCGAUGGCGUCAUUUCUCGAAAUAGAGCUUUGAAUGGUGAUGUUGUGGUGGUAAAAGUCCUGCCCAGGGAACAGUGGAAAAUUAUUGUGCCAGAGAGGAAUGGCUUAGAAGCUAAUGCACCUGCUCAAUCUGAUGUGCCUGGUGAAAUUAUUAAUGUUAGCUCUGAGGCUCUUCCAGAUCAGGAUAAAGUUAAUAUGGUUGUGGAGAGUCCUGAUGUUAUUAUUGAAGAACAAUAUGACAGCCAUGAUGAGAAUGUGGAUGGAACUUCUGAUUUGCUGAAAGAUGCACGUGCUGAUGACGUUAGCAAGACAAACCCCAGUGCUUCAGGAAAGGCCACUGGUUCUGAUGGAUUACAACCUGAUGAUGGUUUCAUCAGAAUGCAAACUUCAACACAGGAUAAGUUUUGCAAAAUGGCUGCAAAUGAUUCGAGAAAUCAUCCAGAUAGGUUCCUUCAAAAAACUGGCAAGGUCGUUUACAUUGUGGAGAAGAAACAUUCCAGAGCUGUGACAGGAUUCAUCAAGCCAUUUACUAAUAAAAAUAAUGACCUUUACAAGGAAUGCAUUAUAUUUUCACCUGUUGAUCAUAGAGUACCUAGAAUCUUGGUGCCAAUGGAAGAUUGUCCAGAAGACUUCAUGACUAGACCAGGAGAUUAUGCGAACAUUCUGUUUAUUUGCCGCAUUGUGGACUGGAAAUAUGAUAGCAAUUUUGCGUCUGGGCGUUUGACCAGAAGUCUGGGGCAAGCUGGUGAAAUUGAACCUGAAACUGAAGGCAUCCUUAUAGAAUAUGAUGUGGAUUUCUCGGAUUUCCCUGCUGAAGUUCUGGAAUGUCUACCAAAAUCUCGACCAUGGACGAUCCCAAGUGAAGAACUUAGAGACCGUAAAGAUUUACGGAAUGAAUGCAUAUUCACAAUUGAUCCAGUGACUGCAAGAGAUUUGGAUGAUGCAUUAUCUUGCCGUGAGCUCCCUGAUGGAAACAUGGAGGUUGGAGUGCAUAUUGCAGAUGUGAGUUACUUUGUUCGUGAAGGGACUGCCGUUGAUGAAAUUGCCAGCAAGAGGGCAACCAGUGUCUACCUAGUUCAGAAGGUUAUCCCAAUGCUUCCAAGAUUCCUUUGUGAAGAACUUUGCAGUUUGAAUCCAAUGGAGGAUAAGCUAACCUUCUCUAUCAUUUGGACGUUGACUCCUCAAGGAAAGAUACUGAGUCAGUGGUAUGGGCGAACCAUUAUUUGUUCCUGCGUAAAGCUGAGUUAUAACCAUGCACAAAGCAUUAUUGAGGAUCCCGAAAAGAUAUUAACCCCUGAUGAACUGCCACCCAUUUCACCUGAUCAUAGUAUUGCUGAAGUAAAGGCUGCAGUCAUCAAUCUUCAUAACAUUGCUAAACAGCUUCGUAAGCAAAGGUUUGACAGCGGUGCUUUACGCUUGGACCAGUUGAAGAUUGCCUUUACCUUGGACAAAGAGACAGGAAUGCCUCAAGGAUGCUAUGUUUAUCAGUAUAAAGACAGCAACAAAUUGGUCGAAGAAUUCAUGUUACUGGCAAACAUGGCUGUAGCGCACAGCAUCUACAAUUUAUUUCCAGAGCAAGCUUUGCUACGUCGCCAUCCGUCACCUCAAACAAAAAUGCUCGAUGAUCUUAUGAAGUUGUGUGAUCAGCUGGGACUUGAAAUCGACUUCAGCUCUGCAGGCGCAUUGCAUACGAGCUUAAAUAAAACACUAGGAACAGAUCAAUAUUCUGUCGCCAGGAAAGAAGUUCUGACCCAUAUGUGUGCUCGACCAAUGCAGAUGGCACAAUAUUUCUGCACUGGAGCCCUUCACGAUGAAGCAUUAUUCCACCAUUAUGCACUCAAUGUGCCUUUCUAUACGCACUUCACUUCUCCUAUUCGCCGUUACGCCGAUAUCAUUGUUCAUCGACUACUUGCUGCAUCGAUUGGUUCUGCUGAACAGGUUAGCCUUAAUAAAAAUGAAAUUCAGAGACAAGCUGAACAUUGCAAUCAGAAAAAAAGUGCUUCGAAAAAAGUGCAAGAGCUUAGCACUGACAUAUUUUUCUCUGUUUUUGUGAAGGAAUGUGGCCCCCUGGAAUCUGAAGCCAUGGUGAUGGGGGUUUUGGAUCAGUCGUUUGAUGUAUUGGUUCUACGAUAUGGUAUCCAGAAACGAAUCUACUGUAAUGGUCUUCCUCUCCAAGGAUUUACUUUUCAGAGAGUAGGAAAGAGCCCUGAACUAAGAUUGAUGUGGGAACCAGAGAUGCCGGAUCAAAAACCACUUUGUCAGGUAAUAACGAUUUUUGCAUUGGUGGAAGUGGCCUUGAAAUCGGACAGCACAGCUCUCAAGUUCAGCGCCAUUCUCAAAAAACCAGCCUCCUGAGUGAAGAAAUCUCUACUGAAGGAUCCUGCUGAAACCAAAUAAUUUGUUAACCUAGAAGUUAUUUUAUUAAUGCAGAAACCAUUGUGUAAAAAUUAAACAUUUUAAUAAUAAUUUUAAGUUUUGAUUUAGCUGCACAGUACCGUUAUAGUGAAUUUUAUUAGGAUCAUAAAUGUAUGUAUGUGUGUAAUAUAUAACUUCUGAUGUGCAGUGUUUUGCAUAAACUUUUACUAUUAUUUGUUUUAUGGUUUUAUGCAAUGUUUAGGUUAGAGAAUAGCAAAGGUAUUUGACAAUUGAAGCAUGGUAAACUUGAACUGACGUUGCAGCCAAAUCUUGUUUUGUGUUAAAUAUGAUUCCAAACCAGCCUUAUAUGUAAAGUGAUGGGACUUUCAGCUGUAACAUAUUCAGUGCAAAUAAUAAAACCAAGGCUGGC